UUCUAUGUCCAUUUUGCCGAAGUAUAAAUCAAAUACCUGAUCAAGGUGCUUCUGCCUUUCCAAGCAAAACACAGACAACAUGUUGCAACUGUUCAACUAAAGUGGACGCCAAUGAUGGACACACGGAAUGUUCGCAUAAAAGGAGUAGUAUAAACACCGUAGAAACAGAUGGACUUAACUGCGACAGAGGUAUAACCAACCAAGAACUAAGACCACCAACAGCCAGACACCUAGAAUGUGACACCAGAACAAGCAAUAUCGAUGUUGUCCAAUCUGGUAACGGAGAGACGGCCAGGACCCUUAACAUUAAUAUCAACAUACAUGUAGAGAAUAACAGUCCACCAACGAUUACUCAACCCACUACAAGACAAUCAGGCAGAGAAUAUACGUGCCCUGUAUGCAUCCAGAUGAUAUCAUAUUUUACAGUUAAAAUUGCUUCUACGAUGCACGACGUUGUGAUUAAAAGCCUUACUAGACGUUGGGUCAUUGUUCUAAUAGCAGUUCUAAUGUUUCCAGCAUCGAUGUUCAGGAUUCUGCUUGGUUUUGUAGCCGUUAUUACAACCUUGCACUCGGAGAGGCACAAUCUGGCAAUAUUUGUGCUUGUAAAAGGAUUAUGCGGAGCUAUUUUCUGGCUAGGGAUACUUUGCAGAAAAUAUGAAAAUCCCCGAUUGAACAUUUUCACGUAUUUUCUUGGUGCGUUUAGUUUUAUCUGGCAAUCAGUUGGAAGUGCUUGGACAUUUGAACACCAUCUAGAAACUGAUGGACUAGUAUUCGUCAUACAGGUUCUUACUAUAGUAGACUGGUCAUUGUUCGCUUGCGUUAUGUGCAUUGUUUGCGUGAGCACAUCCGUGAUCUUGAUAAGGAAUAAUUAAAUGUUCAUAAUUGAUAUAUUUUAUGCAUACAAUCUGUAUGAUUCGGUGCAAUGUAUUAUAUCAUAUCACAUUAUCUGUUGGAUUAUGCACAUAUUUAUGCUUGUCUUCAACCUAGUUGUUUGUUAUGUAUGUCACUGCAAUUACUUUUCUCACUUUGGUUAAAAUUAACGAUUUUGAUAAUAAAACCAACUUAAUGAUAAAAGCUCAACUUUCACAUUUCGUAAUUUUAUACAAUAAACAUUAUUCAAUCUAUUUUUGU